CUGGAGGGGGGGACGCGAGCGGGCUGCCGGGGAGGGACCGGCACCGCCGCCGCAAAAUGAGCCUGCUGUCGGCCAUCGACACGAGCGCCGCCUCGGUGUACCAGCCAGCCCAGCUUCUCAACUGGGUCUACCUGUCGCUGCAGGACACGCACCAGGCGAGCGCCUUCGAUGCCUUCCGGCCUGAGCCUCCCGCCGGCGCUGCGCCUCCAGAGCUCGCCUUCGGCAAGGGCCGCCCGGAGCAGCUGGGCUCGCCCCUGCACUCCAGCUAUCUCAACAGCUUCUUCCAGCUGCAGCGCGGAGAGGCGCUGAGCAGCGGUGUAUACAAGAGUGCCUCGCCCUACGGCUCCCUCAACAACAUUGCUGACGGCCUCAGCUCCCUCACCGAACACUUCUCUGACCUGACUCUCACCUCUGAGACGCGCAAGCCCAGCAAGAGGCCCCCGCCCAACUACCUGUGCCACCUGUGCUUCAACAAAGGACACUACAUCAAGGACUGCCCCCAGGCACGCCCCAAAGGAGAGGGUCUGACCCCAUACCAGGGCAAAAAGCGCUGCUUCGGUGAGUACAAGUGUCCCAAGUGCAAGAGAAAAUGGAUGAGCGGGAACUCCUGGGCCAACAUGGGGCAGGAGUGCAUCAAGUGCCACAUCAACGUGUACCCACACAAGCAGAGACCCUUGGAGAAGCCCGAUGGCCUGGAUGUGUCCGACCAGAGCAAGGAGCACCCCCAGCACCUGUGCGAGAAGUGCAAAGUGCUGGGUUACUACUGCCGGCGAGUGCAAUGACCGGCCCUGACUGCCAUGCCCGCCACCCUCCUGCCAGCCAGAGACGACGCCACCUCCCCGGUGUUCCUUGGUGUUGCUGUGUGUCCCCACAUGUGUGGGGGCAUCCUGGAAGGCCUGUGCGUCUGGUCAGGGGGGUCUUAGGUUCUUGUCUCAUGUGUGUUGAAACAGUGUUACUGACGCAGCUGCCCCACAGAAGCCAGGUCUCUGGGACUCUCUACAGGUGGGCCUCGGGUCUGUGUGGAGGAGACAGAGGCAAGCAGACGUCGAUGCACAGGAUCCCACAAAGCCCUUGGGAUUCCCCACAGGCUCUCCUCUGAGACUCCCCUUGGAGUGAGCAGCCUUGUAUUGGCCACAAGUGCACUAAAUUUACUGUGAAUCCCAAAGCCUGCAGGGGACCGUCUCUCCAAGACCAGCCAGGUCGCCUUCUCCUACCCAGAACCUUCCAGUUUGCCCCGUGUGCAAAGCCACUCUCAGAAAGUAUAUGUAUCUUUUUUCUGUCCCAUUUAAGUCAGCAGUCUUGGUGAGCUGACACCUGUUCUAGCAACUUCUGGGGAGUGGGCAUCUCUGGCCCAUGCCCAGUUUGAGCCCCAAACCUGACCGCCUCUGACAUGGUUGGCAUUGCACCUGGGUGCUGCACCAUCCCCCGUAGACCCAGAGGCAGUAAUGUUGGACAGUGCCCCAAGGUGUGACAUGGGGCACAUCAGGCAUCCCCUGCCCCCACUCGCCACCACACACUUUUCCCACUUGGCUGUUGUCAGCCCCAUCCCUUUCCCUUCUCCUUUGCUUCCCACCCACGCUGGGGGUCCAUCCCCAAUCGAAGAGGCAGGGCCCAGUGCGGAAGCCACGCUGGCAGGAAGGACACAGGCCUGGUGGUCUGGAGACCUAGGUUCAAAUGCUAGCCCUGCUGCUGGUGCGCUGCGGAACUUGGGGAGGACGUCUCAUCUCUGAGCCUCAGUUUCCCCACUAGUUACGUGAGAGAGCAACACUAGAGAGCAGAGAGGUCUGUUUCAGUUCUGAUGUUCUGGAAUUCAGCCUGGCUGAGUGCCAUCUCCUGGAGCAGAGGGCUUUAUGUGGAGAGUUUCACCAGGUCCCGUACUCCGCACCAUUAGUUGGUCACUUAAGUCAGGCUGAAGGAUGCCAGUUAUCCCCUGUCACCCCCUACAGCCCCAAGCCUGUUGUCCCCCACCCCAGCAAAAAUGAAGGAGAAGGGUCCCCUUCCGUCUCACAUGGGGCAACCUGGAGACAAGCUGCAGAUCCUCUCUUUUGUAAACCGGGGACAAUUAUUUCCUACCUCCCGAAGGAGCAGGGAGGCCUCUUGGCUUGUCACAUUGGUCAGGGAGACACUGUCCUGGCAGGCGGAGGGGUCAUGCUCCUCUCCCCUGUCCCCAGUGAGAAGCCUGAUUUUCACUGUCAUAACCAUCUUUCAUUUCUCCCAGGAACAGGGAGAAAACUGACUGUCAGAACUGCGUCACUUGAUUUUGCCCUAACGUUAUGCCUCUGUGGAAAAAAACAUCAGACCACGAAAUGGGCCUGAAAUUCAGUGUUUACCACGGCGCAAGGACACCAACUGGUGCCCAGUUGCCUUUUGUUUUCAAAUGAAAAUGCUUUGUACAACUGAGGAAUUACAGUAAAGUGUUAACCAGGGGUCCAGGGAGUGAGUCGAAGACACGGAGUGAGUGUAUUUGCGGCCAGUGGGCUGCAGGUAGAUUUCGGGGGGCCAGCCCCUCUGAGCACUUAGUAAGAGGGUAUUUAUUCCAGCCUGUGCCUGAAAGCUGCCUCCCUCCUGCCCACAGGGGUAAUGCCUGGCAAAUGACCAUGGACACCCUCCCCACCCACUGGGUAAUGCCACUGGGCAGUCCCUGCCCAGCUGUUGCCUGCCUUCUCCAUGAUGUCAGGGUGAGCUGGCGUUGCCCCAGCUCAAGGCACUCUGACCCCAAGGAGAAGCUGCUACUGUCAGUCAUCCUAGUGCACUGCUGAAGAUAAUGUUCGCAGAGGUGGGCAGUAUGCUUGUUUCUGCUGCCAGGACCGGGUCCCAAUCCUUCCAGUGACCUGGCCCAACAGGGGAUGUUGGCCUCAGGAUGCCUGAGGCCUGCCAACUAUGCUGCAAUGGUGGGGGAAGCCCACACCCUAAAAAGAACUAAGACUCCAGACUGCUAGAGGCCAGGGCCCUCUAUGGGCCAACAGAAGAUGGGCUAUCACCCUAAAGUGACCUUCUCAGUGGGCUUAUCCAGCUGGCAGCAGUUGCCCCUGCCAUCUGCGCAGAGCCGGCCACCAGGGGGGCUGAGCCCUCUGCCAGUGGCAGCCACUCUGCGCUCCCCACUCCUGCACUGUUUUGGCUAAAUUUGGGAGCUCUCUGUGGUCAGCAGAAGCCACUGCUAUGCAGGCCGGGUGCUAUGAGAAUUAAGUGCUCAGAGGAGCUGGGAGCCCAGGCGACAAGAAAGUAUGUGGUUUUAGUACGUUCAAAAGGGACAAUCGCUUGCAGUUUAGUAGAUCUAGUGAUCUAGCUGGGAGAUAACAGUGUUUACCCCAUAUGAAGUAUUCAAUAGUUCUACUUGUGAAUUUGUAUUUAUUUUGAGUUAUACUUGACACAGAAUUCCUUUUUUUUUUUUUUAAGAAAAAUACUAUUUGUGUAUUUUGAAAAAAAUUCAUAGAUGUUAAAAUUUCUGCAUGGUUACCAAUUUUUCUCACAACACUGAAUUUGUUACCUUCUCCCGAAAAAUCUUCACAGUGAUUUUUGUCUGUAUAUAUUUGAGGGCCUUUUUUAAAAAAAAAGAAAAGAAAAAGAAAAGAAAAAUAUAAUUGUAUAAUUUUUGAGACAAGAAAAAGAGGCAUUUUCAAAACUUCAGAGCUUUCAGGAGGGCAAUAGAAUAUCAAAUGAAGAUUUCUGGAAGUAUUUUGCAAACCUUCUUGUUGAGCUAUAAGAAAAUAUUUAUGGUGAGAACUUUUCUUUUUUUUGUGGUUUGAUUUUUUUACUAUACUUCGUUCUGUAAAAAGUAUGCAACUGAACUACAUUAAGAAGGAAAUAUUGUCUACAUAGAAUAUUAUAUGAAGUUGGUACAUAAUUCUGACGAGGAAAAAAAACUUUGCAAUUCUUUAAGCCAUAUUGUUAUUCUGUGUUGUUUUCCUUGGAUGAAAAUAUCAGUAUUAAGUAGCCAGCAUAUUAUUCAAGUGCUUAGACUUAUUAAUAUGUUUCUGUCCUGUAUUUAAACAUGUGUGUAUUUUGGAAAGUACUGCCUUCUUUAAGGGAAGCUAUUAUUAGAUAUAUAGCAAAAAAGGGAACGGUGACCCCUUUGAAACUCUUCAGCCGAGAAUAACAAACACAGCAUUGUAAUCCAUUCUUUUGCACCUUCUUAUUAUCUUGUUAUUAUGGUUAUUAAUUUUGUAGGGGGGCAGGGAGCGGGCCAGGGGAAGAAGGGGCAUGUGACUAACUAGCCCCUCCACGGUCAGCCAGCUCCAAGGAUGGCCUCCUUGGCCUGGUGAAGGGUCCCCCAGUUGGUAGGGCCCAAGAAGGGAAGAAGAAGCAAGAGGCGGACUUCUCUAUGCCCCCUGGAUCUUUGCCAUCUGAGCCACUCCCCGGGGCCCCAGGCUCUUUGAACUUGGAUUUGUCAACCAGAGCCCUCACCUGCCCUCCAACGUCUAAUAGACUUGAAUCUACACUAAAAGAAUAUUUAACCCAACAUCACUACAUCGUAGCCCAGUGGAACAACUAACCCUGAAGUGUGGGAGGUAUCUGGCCUUCAGGGAGGUGGCCGAGCCAUCUCCUGAGGGCUAGUGGCAGCAGACUCAUUGCUCUCUGCUGCCAACCUCACCAUUUGACCUCCUCUACUCCUGUGGGGUAACGCUGUCUGUGUCUGUAUCUGUUAAUAUGUGUGUGUCCAGCUAAAAAGACAAACAGAACCCGUGGGCCCAGCUCAAGGGGUGCAUGGAAAGCCUCCUGACCCCUCUGAAGGGCUUUCCUCGGGAUGGCAUUCCGUCGUGUGCCUUAUUCCUGGAGAACCUGUAUAUGGCUUGCGAAUAGAAAUAUAGCUUUUUCAUGCUGUAUUAAAAGGACUUUAAAAGCAA